AAGAAACGAAGAAGUUAAAAACACAGGAAGCGAGCAGCAUCCCUGCCAUAAGCCAUAAUAUAGAAUCUCCUGCUCGGUGCGUUGAUGUUUUCGUUGUUUACAUUGUCGAAAAGCCUUAUGUUUAUGCGUAAAUUUACUCAGGCGAACUCAUUUGCAUGCGCUUUACGAGUGUGCGUCUCUGGCUGACAUCGGCUCCGUGUUGCGCAGCGUCUCCAGCGACGCAUCCUCGCAUCCUUGCAGGCUGACGCUCUCCGCACAGCUUCCUCACGUCAAAUAGCGUAUUUUGUAAAGAUGAAUUUAGUGCAGAACCGGACCAUGCAUCCACACCUGCGCGACGAAGAAGCGCUGGUGAUCGAAAACGCCAUCAGGCUGGCUAUAGACUCCAUAAUAAACGUGCUGUACAGUGUCAACAGUGCCAGGACGCAUGAAUACCAAAGGAUGGUGGCCGACAGGGACAAAGAGAUCCAGCGGCUGGAGUGCAGGUCGAAGGAAACCGAGCAGGAGCUGCAGCUUCUGCGUCGACAGGGAUGCACUUGUGGACUGUUUGGAAACGAGCACAACUUUGUCAGCUCACAAGGCUCCAGCGAAUCUCAGAAUGAAGGGCAAAGCAAUUUCGAGCCAAGCUGCAUCGACAAUGGGAUGGCAGCAGAGCAAGAGUGUGAAAUGAGUAUCUCAUUUGGGCUCUUUGCAAGGCCUCCUUCACAGGUCUCCUCCCAAAGCCAGGAGUCCGCUCCUCCUUCGUCCCCCAGCAGGAUGGGCCUUGACCAGACGUGCACUUCACACUCCUCAGAGGCGUCAGGCGCAUCAGAGGGACCCAGAAACCUGCCGACAUCGCCCAGCAGCCUCAUAGUAAAAGAUGAGCCUUGUGAUAUAGAUACAGUCUUAAUCAAGUGGGAGAUGAGCGAGCAGAAUUUCGAGGACCAUCAGGAGAGCAUGAGCACCGUGUGCCAGGACAAAGACAGUGCCAACACAAAAAGAAGACUUGAAAACAGAGAGAGAAUAAAGAAGUUCAGGGAGAAACUUUAUGCAGAUCAAGACAGACACAAUGCAGUCAAGGAGGGAGAGCGCCGCAGGAACAGUAAGAGGAGCGUGCCGAUGUCCGAGCUGCCAGAAGAGGCCCAGAGACAGAAGAGGGCAGCGUGGAGGGCGGCUUCCAGACGGUACUACGCCCGAAAAGUGGCCCGGCAGCAGGCCAACCCCAUGCACUCUGGCCCCCUUCCUCACACCACGUACUCUCCUUGUUCCCUGCCGAUGUCUUUUGUGGAUAAACGGAAGAAGACGCUGAUAUCUGAAUUACCUCAGGAGACACAGACCCUGCAGAGGGAGGCGUGGCGGGCGGCAUCCAGGAGGUACUACGCCCGGAAAAUGGCCCGCCUCCAAACUGACCCCGUACAACUCACCCACCUCCUCCACGGCACCGCGCCGCCCGGGGAGAGCGCAGGGCCAAACAGAGGUGGCUCACAUGACAACAGCGGGGGGAUUGGAGGAAUACUGUGUAGCUGAAGGACAGUAAUGCAUUUUGAGUUUGUGGUCCUGCUGGGUUUUCUAUUUUACACAUUAACAGGUUCAUUUCUGUGUGUUGUAUUAUGAAGAAUGGAUUAUGUGAACUUCUGUAUUUUGUAAUAUUUUUUGCUGAUUUGUACUGAUGGUAUUGAUAUCUGACUCAGCUCUCCCCACUUGGUCACAAUGCUUUGAUUUUAGCUUUUGACACAAUGAAACAGUCAUUUGAGAUGCAAAACUGCCAUUGGUGUAUUUUAUGGGUCAAUUAUGCACUGAGGUGACCAAUGAGUCUCUGGGGACACACAAGCAGUGUGUUCACAUUAGAGAAUGACUUUGUUCCCAGUUCAUCACUGUUAGUUCUGUUCUUGUGUUCAUUUGGACCUUAUUUUGUUUACCACGUUGCAUGCAUAUACCAAAUGUUACAAAUAAAGCUUGGUUGAACGAAUACAUAAUCUGAGGCAAUAU